ACGGAAAGAAGAAGCAGAAGAGUCAAAAAUAAAAAAAUACUGCAAGCAAUUGUACCCGGCUCGUCAUAUAAUACCAACAUAAUACAUACAUAGAAAAGAAAAGCUUCACGCACGCAUACAUACAUAGCAACACACACACAUACACAUAAAUAUAUAAACAGCAGCGAUCGCGUCAAGUGAAUCAACAUCAAAAUCAUCGUCUCGCAGUCUCUCUCUCUCAGUAGUGAGCACAACGUGAAAGCUCAUACUCCCAGCAACAACAAGAACAACAACCAAGACUCUCUUUCGGCCUCAACAUGCAGAGCGACUUUCACAGAAUGAAGAACUUUGCCAACCCCAAGUCCAUGUUCAAAAGCAGCACUGGCGCUGCCAACAGCGAUCAGGUGAACACAGUAGCACCUGGACGCCCAGAGUCGACUCCAGCUGCUGCUGAUGUUGCUGCCACUGCCACAGUGGCUGAAAAUGUUGAGGAGCCAAAGGCAACCACUGAACAGCAGUCGGAUGGAGAUGCUGCAGUGCGCACCGAGCAUUUGUUUAAACACCCGCUGCAAAACACAUGGACACUGUGGUAUUUGGAGAACGAUCGCACCAAAUCUUGGGAGGAUAUGCAAAACGAAAUUACCAGCUUCGAUACAGUAGAGGACUUUUGGAGUCUAUACAACCACAUUAAGCCCCCAUCUGAGAUCAAAUUGGGCAGCGAUUACUCACUCUUCAAAAAGAGCAUACGUCCGAUGUGGGAGGAUGCUGCCAAUAAGCAGGGUGGUCGCUGGGUGAUCACUCUGAACAAAAGCUCCAAGAACGAUUUGGACAACUUGUGGCUCGAUGUGCUGCUUUGUUUGAUUGGCGAGGCUUUCGAUCAUUCCGAUCAGAUUUGCGGUGCUGUUGUCAAUAUUCGCGGCAAGAGCAACAAGAUUUCUAUUUGGACCGCCAAUGGUAACAAUGAAGAAGCCGCUCUGGAAAUUGGACACAAGUUACGUGAUGCUCUACGUCUGGGACGCCAGAAUAUGUUGCAAUAUCAGCUACACAAGGACACAAUGGUCAAGCAGGGCUCCAGUGUCAAAUCGAUCUACACUUUGUAAACUUACGGAACUUUGCAACAGUUUUAGCUAUUUGUGUUGCCUUUAUUACUGGUUAUAGCCGUUCAAUCGUAAUACUGUAAAAGACCCAAAAACAAGAAAACGAAAAACCCCCUUGUUAUCAGAAAACGGCGAAAAUUAUCAAUCGCUUGCUUUUUGUAGUCAGUGUCAUGGAUUAUGCGAAAAAUAUAUAAAAAAUAAAGUUUAAAAAUGUGAAUUUUAA